GACAGAAGGAGUGGACACUUGGUCCUGGGUAUCUGGAGGCACCUGGCUGGGGUUGGUGCUGUGUGCCCCAGGGGCUGUGGGUUGCUCCAGAUUCUGUGGCCACCGCAUCCACGGUUGUGAGGGGGCCUUUCCUCCACCGAACAGACUUCUGGAAGCAGUCCAGAUAGGUGAAGGCACCAACUCAAAGUCACACGGCAGUAUGGACAACGAUGAUGAGGUGGCCCAGGACCCCAACCCCAGCCUGGAGGAACAGGACCAGGCCCAGCAGAACGUGGUGCAGCGGGUGGCGGCCUUGCCUCUGGUCAAGGCCACGUGCAGUGCGGUCUCGGAUGUUUACAGUGUAGCCAAGGACAGACACCCACUGCUGGGUUCUGCCUGUCGUCUCGCCGAGCGCUGUGUGUGCGACCUGAGCAUCCGGGCCCAGCCGCUGCUACAACACCUGCAGCCCCAGCUGGCCACCGUAAAUGAUCUCGCCUGCAAGGGACUGGACAAGUUGGAAGAGAAACUUCCAUUUCUCCAGCAACCUUCGGACACGGUGGUGACAUCAGCCAAGGACGCAGUGGCCAGCAGUGUCACGGGCGUGGUGGAGCUGGCCCAGAGAGGCCGACGUUGGAGUGGGGAGCUGAAGCGGUCCAUGAGCCAUGCGGUGGACGUCGUGUUGGGCAAGUCUGAGGAGCUGGCCGACCACUUUCUGCCCUUGACGGAGGAGGAACUCGCGGCACUGGCAGCCGAGGCUGAAGGCCUGGAAGUGGGCUCAGUGGAGGACCAGCGGCGAGGGCAAGGCUACUUUGUACGUCUGGGUUCCCUGUCAGCCCGGCUCCGCCACCUGGCCUACGAACACUCUAUAGGGAAACUGAGGCAGAACAAACACCGCAUCCAGGACACGCUGGCCCAACUGCAGGAGACCCUAGAGCUGAUCCACCGUAUUCAGAGUGGAGCAAUCCCGUCUCCUGUCAACACUGAGGUCAGCGGGCUGUGCGGGGUGGACUGGGGCCCCGAGGGUAAGCUGAGGCCGUGCCCGCAGGCGGAGCUGCAGAUGCUGGCGCGCUCGCGCGGACUGGCGCGGGAGCUGCAGGGCGCGGCGGAGGCGCUGGCGGCGGACGUGCGGGGGCUGUCCCCCGCCGUGCAGGACCGCGUGGCCGAGGUGCGGCGCAGCGGCGACGUGCUGGGGGCCGCGCUGGCCGGCGCGCGCCGCUUCGGGGACGUCCCCGCCGCCGCGCUGGCCGACGGCCGCGGCCGCGUGAGCCGCGCGCGCGCGUGCGCGGACGAGCUGCUGGAGCUGGUGCUGCGCGCGCCGCUGCCGUGGCUCGUGGGGCCGUUCGCGCCUGCGCUGCUCGAGACGCCGGGUCCGCGGCCGGGCCUGGAUCGCGUGGACGAGGUGGUGGGUGUGGACCCGCGCUGGGCGCACCUGGACUGGCCCGGCCAGCAGCGGGCCUGGGCCGCCCUGCACGGGGACAUCGUCGACGGGGACAUGCACGGGGACAUCAUCCACGGGGACACAGACAUGCACAGGGAUCCCGAGCCCCCCAAACACACACUCAUGCCCGAGCUGGACUUCUGACCCUAGGCCAGACCUUCCUCCUCCUCCGUCAGAUCCCCCCCCACACACACACACAUCCGGCUCCCUUCCCCCGUCCUUGGACACCCACAACCCCACUCGGGUCACCUUCAGUCCCCGCGGCUGGCCUCAGACUCCCAGGCAGAGUCGGACGGGGUAGCUCCCACCUGACAUCCCAAUACUAGGGAGGCUGUGGCAGGAGGAUGGCUGUGAGUUCGAGGCCAAUCUGUGCUAAGAGGGAGACCCUCGCACCUCAAACACAGACCAGAACAAGCAAAUGGAUCCAGGCCUCCCUCAAGGAAGACAUGACUCCCAAGGGCUCCUGUGUUGGGCUUGGAAUCCCCUCAAGGCAGAUGUGGCCUGGACCCAGGGGUUCCCAAAAUGUCCAGCCAGCCCAGCUGCGUUGACACUUGCCCCUCCUGAAUAAACAUACUCCGUGUUGUCCCUGA